CCAGGAUAACAGCAGAGGAGCUGUGUAGUCAUUUCUAGAGACAGGAUGGUACAAGGGAGCGUGUAGUUGAACUACAGUACCCAGACGGCACUGCUCCAGCCUACAGUACACUGCUGCUUAUCCGGGGAUGUCACACCGCUGCUAUUUUCUCCCCUCAGUCCCUCUCACUCUCAGCCUACAGCUCAAGCGGACUGACACGGGGCUUUGGAUAGAGAGACACGAACAAUAAGAUACAAAACAGAGGCCAAAAUGGCAGAGCUUGGAGCGGGAAGCUUGCCGUUAGGGGAUCCUGCUUUUAAUUACCAGGAACACGAGCUGAACGAGCGGCUGAAGCAGCUCUACCCGGCUGUGAACGAGGAAGAGACCCCUUUACCCCGAUCAUGGAGCCCCAAGGAUAAAUACAGCUACAUUGGGCUGUCACAGAACAACCUGCGGGUCCAUUACAAAGGUCAUGGUAAGAACCACAAGGACGCUGCAUCAGUGCGAGCAACACACCCAAUCCCUGCUGCCUGUGGGAUCUACUACUUUGAGGUCAAGAUUGUCAGCAAAGGUCGAGAUGGGUACAUGGGCAUCGGCUUGUCAGCACAGGGAGUCAACAUGAACAGACUGCCUGGAUGGGAUAAGCACUCAUACGGUUACCACGGAGACGAUGGCCACUCCUUCUGCUCCUCCGGGACCGGCCAACCGUACGGCCCUACGUUCACCACCGGGGACGUGAUUGGCUGCUGCGUUAACCUUAUCAACAACACAUGCUUUUACACCAAAAAUGGCAUCAGCUUAGGGGUAGCCUUCACAGACCUCCCUCCCAACCUGUACCCCACUGUGGGGCUUCAAACUCCGGGUGAGAUCGUAGACGCAAACUUUGGCCAGCAGCCGUUUGUCUUCGACAUCGAGGACUACAUGAGCGAAUGGCGGGCAAAGAUCCAUGGCAUGAUCGCUCGCUUCCCCAUAGGAGAGAGGCUGGGAGAGUGGCAGGCGGUCCUGCAGAAUAUGGUGUCUAGUUACCUGGUGCAUCAUGGGUACUGUGCCACCGCAACAGCCUUCGCCAGAGCCACAGAGACCAUGAUACAAGAGGACCAGACAUCUAUAAAGAACAGACAGAGAAUACAGAAGCUGGUGCUGGCAGGACGGGUGGGCGAAGCCAUAGAGGCUACUCAGCAGCUUUAUCCGGGCCUGUUAGAACACAACCCUAACUUACUAUUCAUGUUGAAGUGUCGCCAGUUUGUGGAGAUGGUGAACGGUACAGACAGCGAGGUCCGCUGCUUGUCCAUUCGCUCCCCAAAGUCCCAGGACAGUUACCCUGGCUCACCCAGCCUCAGCCCCCGCCAUGGAGCCAGCAACACACACCUGCACACCGGAGGAUCAGACAGCCCCACUUGCAGUAACGGAGUGACCCCCCCCAACAAAUCAAAGAGCCACAGUGGCACCGGAAACAGCAGCGUCAAAUACCCCAGCGUGUCCUCCUCCGCCUCCUCUUCCUCCUCCUCCUCCCCUUCCUCUGUCAACUACUCCGAGUCCAACUCCUCCGACUCCACCAAGAGCCAGCCGCACAGCGCCAACAGCACCCAGGAAACCAGUGACAGUGAGAUGGAGAUUGAAGCAGAGCACUAUACCAACGGGGUUGUUGAGGGAUCCUCAGCGCGGAUCAUGAAUGGCACAUACAAACACGAAGAGAUCCUUCAGCCAGACGACAACAGCAUUGGCAAUGGGGUCACAGCAGAUGAUGGUUGCAGUAAUGGCCGACAGCUCUGUGGAGGGAACCAGGCCGCCACAGAGAGGAUGAUCCAGUUUGGACGGGAGUUACAGUCACUCAACGAACAGCUGUGUCGCGAGUAUGGCAAGAAUGCCACACACAAGAAGAUGUUACAGGAUGCAUUCAGCCUGCUAGCGUACUCGGAUCCAUGGAACUGCCCGGUGGGCCAGCAGUUAGACCCGACCCAAAGAGAAUCCCUCUGCUCCGCACUCAACAGUGCCAUACUGGAGUCCCAAAACCUGCCUAAGCAGCCUCCACUGAUGUUAGCGCUCGGCCAGGCCACAGAGUGUGUUCAGCUCAUGGCCCGAGUCCGGUCUGGUUCCUGCUCUUUCGCCAGAGUAGACAACUUUUUGCACUAGCCCAGGUCCAGGUUAAUGUUAAGUAGCACUGAGAGAAGGCAUGUCCUGCAGGUAGUUGUCAUGGCGACGGAGGAGAGAGCAUGCGUGUGAUUGGUGUGUUUGGCUGUCCAUCAGACCGAGCCAGCGGCACAGUCAGAGGAGCAGAGGCGAGCGGGAGAGAAGAAGGCUUCCUUUUAAUUUAGUAUUAUCAAAUAAAGAAAUGUGUGACACUAUUUAAAGAUAAUUAAUUAUUAUUUUGUUUAUCUAGCCAUUUUUAUAGUUCUUUUUUUGUCAGAUUGUUGUGCUCAUCCUGGACAAAACAAAUUGUUAAUCCCCUUUUUAUUUUUUCUUCUGUUUUAUUGGGUGGAUUUUGAUUUCCUACGGUCAGUAUUUUAACCACAUUUUUGUUGUUCACCAUAUCACAAACCACAAUACACACAUCUUGUUACUGCGGGGACCGCUACAACUGUAGGUCAACAAAACCUGAGGUAUAUUAACCUUAUCUUUGAUACAGAAGACAGACACUGAACACUGAACCUUUAUCCUUCCAAAAUGCAAUUGUGUUGUGAAUUACAUCCAGUAGUGCUCCACAUGAAAAACACCUUUGAUUGAGUGGAGCUGAUGUCAUACAGUACACUGCUGCUGAUAGAAAAAUAAAAAAAUAGACUGAUGUAAGACACAAGUGGGCCCCUCAAUUAUUCCAGAGGGUUAAAAAAUAAUGGCUUGCAUCCCGUGUAAAAAAAAAAAAAAACUGAAUUGAAUUGAAGGACCUCGGUAGAGAAGAAAACUGCCAGUAACAAGGGGGAGGACUUUAAGGACAAGUGAUUACAUUGGAAUAUUAUAGGUGUUGAAGCCUUAAUUUUACUGUAACGACCAGAGUAUCGACCAAUCAGUGAUGUGGUUGGAGGUGGCAGAACUACGCACCAGUAGCAGCUACAACACCUGCUGUCAAGAACCAAUGUAACACUAUUAUCAGGGUCGUUUUGAUGCCAGAAUAAAGAAAAUAGGGUUCCAAGGGAGACUAACAAGCACAGGGUGUCGACAGCCAAAAGUCAAGUCCCCCCUUGGGGAUUUUCAUUACCGCAUUCUUAUUUUCUUUCUAUUUUAUUCUUUGGCCUCCACCUGACCUGCUCUGUGCAUGUGCUGUAGCAAUUAUAAUUUAAAACAAAGAGGUAAAGUAAUUAGCCAAAUUCAUUUUAGGGUGAUAAUUGGGAUAAUUAAGUAAUUGUAUUUAUUUAAUUAGGGUGAUUGAGUGAAAACCUGAGACCUCCAUAUUAUAUCAACCAUAAACUUCAAGGGAAUAUGUCUUGCAUAUUAAUGCACAGGCGGUAAGUUUGUUUAUAUAGCCCAAAGGUUUAUCCCAGAGUGCCUCCAAGUAUGUACAUUAACUUAAUAAAAGAUGAGAUAAGUUUAUUGUUCCAAUAUCCUCCUGUUUUGGAGUCAGUUUAUUAUAGAAAAUAAAAAAAACCUUUGAUUUUCCACUUUUAGCACCCAACAACAUGAAAUGACAGUUAUAGCACCUUACAGCAAAUUUGAUUAGUGCCCAAACUUUUUCGAUAUAAAAAAACCCCCAAUACAUUGUGAAAUAAUUGAGUUGCAUGCUUGUCAAAAUGCCCUCUUUUAAAAGUCCACCCUUUUAACUAGGGUGACCAGAUUUGAGGUGGAGAAAAAGAGGACACUUGCGAUUGUUGGGGGGGAAGUCUAAGUACAGUAGACUUAAGUGCAAAGCGCAAUUCAAUUUAAGUACAUGCUUAAUGGUCCCAUGAAAAACUGUGAAAAACGGACGUUUUCAUGAAUUUAUUUAACCCCCCCCCGGACGCUCCGGACAGGACAUAAAAAGAGGACAUGUCCGGGCAAAAGAGGACGUCUGGUCACCCUAUUUUAACCUUAAACCAGAGCUUCCUAAAUGUAGCCAGCUAGCUCAAAUUAGCUACUGUAAAACAAUACUACUAGUUGCUAACUCCCAAGCUAAUAACUCAUUUUGGUUCAAACAACUAAUUGUCGCUGCUUAUGAACACAAUCCAAACACAGGUUUGUUUCUUUCUUUUUUUUUUAGCUUAACAAGGCAACAUAAGCUACCUAGCUAGCUUGCUAACUAGCUAGGCUGGCUUGUGGAAUUUGAAUUAUUUCCUCAUGAGCCUGUGUUAGUCCAGCUAAUGAUAGUUGGUUAACUCUGACUUUAGUAGUUUAUGACUCUGAAAAUGGUUCUCAGAGAAAGCAGCACCACUAUGUUAUGUGAAAAACACAUUCUUUGCUGAUGCUAGCUAGCUCCUGUUGGGCCUGAGAUUGGGCUUUUUCGGGAGUGGAAGGCACUUAAAUGCAGACAUUCAGAAGGAAGCUGAAAACAGGUACAUUCAGACAGACAGUAAGAGAUACAUAUUUUGAACAUUUUUUGUGAAAAUAAAAGCAGGUAAACUGUUCUUAUUAGAAACCAAAAUUACAAGUACAAACAUUUUUAAUGAUCUCACUGCUUAUUUGGUCACAAGAUUGUUUAUUUCACAAUGUCUUGUUUACUUAUCCAAUAUUGGAGUUUAAUAUUAUUCAUUUUGAAUUGUUAUCAUUAUGAUCAGCUUUCUGUCUCUGUAUCUGAAAAGAUGAAUGUUUAUUGCAAAAUUUAAAAAAUCUGACUCAACUACACCUUAUUUCCAAUCCACUAACUGGACUUUGAUAACAAACAUCUUGUUUCAUCCCUCAGCUUUAUUUGAAACAUUUUCAUUCUUUUGUUUUUACAUUAGACUAUUUUCUACCAAAUACAAAUGACUUAAUGUUUUGUCUGACUAGUGGCAAACUGUCACUUAGGCUGCUUUAUUGUGACCUGGCAAAUGACUUGUGGAUCCACCCUGAAGUGUAUAUUUCCAUUUAUAUGAGAAUAGAGAAAUAUGGAAUAAUAUAAUACUGGAGAUGUGUGUAUGCGAUGUUGGGUUUACAACAGGGUGUGUGGUCAUCUUUUUACCAAGCUGGUUUUUAUUAAGACCUUCUGCUAUAAUAGGAACUAUUCUAAUAACCACACAUGCAGUGCACUCACAAUAUCUGCUUCUACAGCUGUAAAGGACUUCUGUUACACACACACACACACACACACACACACACACACACACACACACACACACACACACACACACACACACACACACACACACACACACACACACACGAAAGACAAACCUCUGUUGCAUACCUGUAGGGAAUAAGUCUCCCAGCUGUCCUUUGUGUUUGAGCCUGGGCUGCGUCUCAGCAUUGUUACCAUGCACCCUUCCUCUUAUCCCUGCCUAGACAUAGCCACUGAUGUGAUCAGUGAUUGUUUUAAAGGAAAGGAGGAAUGUGAACAGUUUUGGAAAUGGGCCCGAGGCCUCUGGAGCCACAUGGACUUCUUCAGGAGAGACCAGAGAAAUGGACUUAGGCAUUGCAGACGAGCUGUGCACAAUUGACUUCUAUCAUGAUUUUAAUUUCAUAUUUUGACUUUGAGUUUUAGCAAAAAAUAAAAAUAAAAAAAACAAUUGUGAAAUGAGUUACCCUCUACUUAGCAUGACUUUUAAAACGAUAUAAAAAAAGGAAAAACUAUUAUUGAAAAAAAAAGCCUAUGUACUGGAAACAUGUUAAAAAAGAAAUAUUGUAUUCUGUUUAAUUUUGACAGAAUUAUUUUUAUUAAAAUACAUCCAUAAGCAUA